CUCUCUUCCUUAUUUCUCUCUUUCAUAAAUCUAUCGAAACAAACGCACAGUAUUUGUAAACCUGAUUUAAGCCCAGUAACAAACGAGUCCCAAUACUGAUUUCUCUUUCUCUCUUUCUUUCUUUCUUUCUUUCUUUCUUUCUUUCUCUCUUUCUGGUUCUUUAUAGAGGAACUUGUGAGAAGAAACAGGUUUAUGAAUUGUGAAUUUUUAUGAGAGGGAAUAAUACUAAUGGCUGUCAACAUCAACAUAAAGGGGCAAAUAGAGAAGGUGAAUGGAAAGGAACUAAGUUACCGUGAAUUUGUUGAAAGAUAUAUGGAGAAGAACAAACCAGUGAUUCUCACCGGACUAAUGGACCAUCAUUGGAAGGCUUCCACUGAUUGGGUCACCCCAAAGGGUCAACCCAAUUUUCAAUUUUUUUUCAAUCAUUUUGGUUCCUCCAAAGUUCAGGUUGCAGAUUGUGAUACUAGAGAUUUUGGUGAUCAAAAAAGGGAGGAGUUGCUGGUCUCUGAUUUCGUAGGACGUUGCCUUCAGAUUGAGGGUUCUGCAGUUCAGUGCAAUAAUGAAAAUGGUAUAGGUAAUGGUGAUUCUAUAUCUGUACCUUAUUUGAAGGAUUGGCAUUUUGUGAAGGAAUAUCCAGAUUAUGUAGCAUACAUCACUCCGAUGUUCUUUUGUGAUGAUUGGCUCAACUUGUAUCUCGACAACUUCAGAAUGAAUACUUAUUCUGACAGUUCCCAGCAAAAUACUGAAAUAUGUUGCUCUGACUAUCGUUUUGUUUACGUUGGAGUUAAAGGAUCUUGGACUCCUCUUCAUGCUGAUGUUUUCAGGUCGUAUAGUUGGUCAGCAAAUGUCUGUGGAAAGAAGAGAUGGUUUUUUCUAGAUCCUUCUCAACAUCAUCUUGUGUUUGAUAGGAAUGUAAAAAGUUGCGUUUAUAAUAUCUUUGAUGAAGCAUCUGAUUCAAAAUAUCCUGGUUUUAAAAAGGCUAUCUGGUUAGAAUGCACACAAGAAGCAGGGGAAAUCAUAUUUGUUCCCAGUGGAUGGUAUCAUCAAGUUCAUAAUUUGGAGGAUACAAUAUCUAUAAACCACAAUUGGUUCAAUGCCUAUAACCUUUCUUGGGUGUGGAAUUUACUAUUAAGGGACUACAGUGAGGCCAAGGAAUACAUAGAAGAUAUCAAGGAUAUAUGUGAUGAUUUUGAAGGUCUCUGCCAGCGCAAUCUUGCUGCUAACACAGGGAUGAAUUUUUAUGACUUCUUCACUUUCAUUUCAUACUUUUCCUUGGCCAAUUUGGUGCUGCUCUGCUACAUAAACGGAAGAGAUGGAAGUACUACUGGAAGUUCAUCAAGAGUAGCUCAACAUUUAUAUUUGAAUAUUGGGUCUAUUAGGAAGGUUGCAUCAGCGAUGAAAAACUUGCAUGCUCUAGAAGGGAAUCAUGAUUGCAUUGUGGAUAUGAUAAAAACAUUUGAAGAUCCUAGGUUUUCCAAAUUCUGCAUACAAGUGGGAAAAACAUAUUUAACAAUACACGAACAAUCCAAUUUGUUCUCUGAUUUUGAGAGUGCUUCAACGGUUGAGCUGGUGGACCUCAGUGUUUUUAAAGCGCACACUUCUCAGGUUUACACACCAGAAGACCUCAUCAAAUUUAUAGACAAUACUGUUGCAGAACUGGGCCACAUUUUCAUCGAGUCAUCUGUACAGCGCGUUGCUUGAGUAUCCUAUUGAAAUUCAUGUUUGACAACUGAUCUUGAAUGCACUUGAUCUUCAAGAUACUGCAGUUCACAAUUUUUAUAAGGCAAAAAUGCUACCACCCAUUUCACACGUCAUUGUCUAAGUAAGCUUUCGUAAUCACCCUCUCUUUAAUUAACAUCUCACAGUUAUCUUUAACAACAUAUCACUAUGCUUCUAAAUCCAUAUUUAUACUUCACUUUAAUGCGUUCCUUCCUUUUUCCUCUGAUACAUCUGGCUACUCAGUCAGAGACCAAUACCUCUUUGAUUUCAACCUUUCAAUUUUGUGCAUGUUUCGGUUGUUGGCCCUUCAUUUUCUUUGUACCCUCAAAAGAUAGACUUUUGUCUGACCAUUUUUUAGCAGCACAAAUCAACUUAAAAUUAGUUGUGAGAGGGGUUUGAUUGGUUUAUAAAGGAUUGGUGACAGUCUUAGUCAAUUCUCCUUUUGCAACAACUGGGUCUGUCUGAAUGGUAAGUUACUAUGUGAAUACUAGCUGAAUGUGGUCCAUUGUGUUUCUUAUCCCAAGACUUCACUGAAUAUGAGUGGCUAAAAUGGCUGAAUGUUGUAUCCCAAAUAUUGGUCAAAGUUCAUUAAAUUAUUGUUUUAGAUAAGCGAAACAUCUGGUAUGUAUAAAAGAGAAACAGAAAAGAAUGAAAAUGAUCUGCACUAUUGUUCUUGUAAAAAAAGGAAGAAAGUAUAGCUUUUACUUGCUUUUGCUGCAUUUGUUUACAUCUCAGAACAAA